AUGGGAGACUGGUCCAUUCUUGGUCGCUUCCUAACUGAAGUCCAAAACCAUUCAACAGUCAUUGGUAAGAUAUGGCUGACAAUGCUACUCAUCUUCCGCAUCCUGCUUGUGGCCCUGGUGGGGGACGCCGUCUACAGUGAUGAGCAGUCCAAGUUUACCUGCAACACCCUCCAGCCUGGAUGCAACAAUGUCUGCUAUGACACCUUUGCUCCUGUGUCGCACUUGCGCUUUUGGGUCUUUCAGAUUGUUCUUGUUUCCACUCCAUCUAUCUUCUAUAUUGUGUAUGUCUUGCAAAAAAUCACCAAGAAUGGAAAGUUGGAGGAUUCAGAGGCUGCACCUCGAUCCUCACCUUCUCUUGAGAGGGACGUGCACAUUGGAGGAGAUAAAGAGACUAUAAUAGAAGAUCCAUAUAUCUGCAGUAAUGAAGGCUGGAGCUUGCCAGGAGGUGAAAGUGAGGAAAGGAGUGGAGUGGGGGAGGAUAUGAGAGGGGUAGGAAAGGACCCAACCCAGCUCUCCAGUCAGGUACUCCUGAUUUACAUCAUUCAUGUUCUCCUACGAUCCAUCAUGGAAAUCCUCUUCCUCUUUGGACAGUAUUACCUGUUUGGAUUUGAAGUUCCUCACCUUUUCCGCUGUGAGACUUACCCCUGUCCAAACAAAACUGACUGCUUUGUAUCUCGAGCCACAGAGAAGACCAUCUUUCUCAACUUCAUGUUCAGUGUGAGCCUGGGUUGCUUCAUCCUAAACAUUGUUGAGCUGCAUUACCUUGGUUGGAUUUACAUUUUCAGAGUCUUGUUCUCUGCGUGCUGCAUAUGUUGUCGGUCAAAUGGAGAUGCUGUGCAGCAAGUGGAACUGUACUCUGAAAACAACCCUCUGUUGCUUGAGCUCAAACACUCCUUGCACGGCAGGGUGGUGCUGCAGACCACCUCCACUGUGUCCCGGGACAAGAGCAGCAGCGUACCAAACCAGGCCCCGGCAAUCUCCUUUGAGACAGACUCUACAUUGGAGUGCACUUCCAAGAGAAAUGAGGAUGACAAGGAGCACACCAAGACUAGACUGCAAAAUGUGGCUAGAAUGGGAAGAGGCAAAAAGUCAUGGCUGUAA